CAUCCGCCGCGGUACUACGCUUCGCUCGCUCAACUGUACCGCAAGUCAUCGAGCCCGGCAAGGCAAGGCCCAACGGGCGGUAGUGGUGGACGCGGUGCGGUAGCACGGUACGCCAAAGCGAAUCGUGGAGUACCGGGUGGCAUGAACUCGUUGCCGCGACUGCUAAACCCUAGAGCAACCUCGGAGCUACGGCGAAGUUCUGCCGCAGGGUUGAAUGUGGUUUCGCAGCGUCCUCCACUACCGCCGAAGAUUGAGCUGCGUAGUCACAGCUACGAUGGACUGCUGGAUGAUUCGGCAAGCAUGCAGAGCCGCAAGGCGGUGGUGGAACCCGCCACUACAAAGGCAACUGAAGGGAAUGAUCGAGUCGAUGGACGUGGUGCAAUCUCGCCAACGCACCAAGAGGAAGCGGUAAACGAACCUCAGAUUGCUCGCAAAGUAGCAACCGGUACGGAAGCUUCGAUCAAGAGCAAAAAUAGACGAUCUCGUAGCAUGGACGAUCUGUUCGAUGAUGGUGACGAUGGAACCGGUGGUGACUUCCUCGACAACACACAAAGCAUGGAAACGCUGCUAGAACCGGGUUCACCCACCUCUGGGACGGGUGAUGGGUGUCCACCGGAGACGCCGGUUCGUUCGAUGGGUGGCAACAUCUGUCUAAAUCGGCGCUUCGUGCGGGAAGAUACGAACGAUGAUGAUCAGGACACGAUCGACGGUUCGGCGGCUGGAUCUCACACCGCAUCACACGAGCAGUUGUGCGAAAAGGAAACGAUCACGGUCGACAGUACACCCCGGUACGUGCGGGAGGUGGACAGUGCAGGGCCAGAGCUGGACGGUCGGACAAAGCGAGAAGACGAUGGGGAAGAUGACGUUCUGUCGACACACUCGUCCGUCACCUCUUCGCUAGGAUCGACGGCAUCCGGCGAGAAGGGCACUACAGGACCCAAGAAAGCACCGAAACCGUUGAUCAAUCGGUACGUGAAGAAGGUGAAAUCGUUUAUGAAAAUGUAG